UAAUGAAUUUGCAUCACUAUCAUGGACCAUGAUGCACCAUAAUCAUCACAUCAACCCCGAGGGGGCCACCGAGGCCGAGGCCAAAGCAAGUGUAGCUGCGUCUGUGUCUGUGUCUGUUCGGAAGCCCAAGCCAAAGGGCCAUCACUCUCUCUUACCAGUGUUACACAGAGAGAGAGAGAGCUGCCAUCACUCUCUUCUUCAAUCUUCCCACCAAAGAAAAAAAUGGCUUUCACAAUUUCCAUAUCCCAUUUUACCCCUAUCACAUUCCUCUAUUUUCUUCUUUUAUCCACUUGCCACCUUCCCAUUUUAGCCAUUAACAUCACCCAUAUUUUAUCCUCUUACCCUGAUCUCUCCGACUUCACUAAUCUCCUCGCCACCACCUCCGUCGCCGCCGAUCUAACCCAACGCUCUUCCCUCACCCUCCUCGCCGUUCCCAACACCUUCCUCCGCUCCUCCGAUCUGUUAAACCACCGUCCUCCGUCGUCAUCCACCAACCUCGGCGAUAUCCUCCGUUACCACGUCCUCCUUGAAUAUCUUUCUUGGCCUGACCUCCGCCUUAUACCACCCACCGGAAAACUCGUCACCACUCUGUUUCAAACCACUGGACGUGCCCCGAAUAACUUCGGGUCGGUUAACAUUACCCGUAACAGUAACUCCAAUUCCGUCACAGUUCAUUCACCAACCUCGAAUGCUACAAUUAUUACACUUCUAAAGACCCUCCCUUAUAAUAUCUCCGUUUUCACCGUUGAUUCCCUUUUAGUCCCUAAUGGGUUUGAUCUUAUGGCUUCUGAAACUCGACCCCCUUUAGGACUCAACAUUACAAAGACUCUUAUUGAUGGUCACAACUUUAACGUUGCAGCUUCAAUGCUUACUGCUUCAGGGGUAGAAGAGGAAUUUGAGAGGGAUGAAGGUGGUGCUGGAUUAACACUGUUUGUGCCAACAGAUGAAGCAUUUUCGGAAAUGUCAGCAUCAAAUAACUUCCAAUCUUUACCAGCGGAGAAAAAAGCUGUUGUUUUAAGGUUUCAUGUUUUGCACUCUUAUUACCCUUUAGGUUCGUUAGAAUCUAUAGUAAAUCCAGUUCAACCCACACUGGCUACAGAGCAAAAUGGUGCGGGGAGUUUUACGCUGAAUAUUUCAAGAGUUAAUGAUUCUGUUGGGAUAAAUACUGGAAUUGUUCAAGCGUCGGUGACUCAAACUGUGUUUGAUCAGAAUCCAGUGGCGAUAUUUGGGGUGUCGAAAGUGUUAUUGCCUAGGGAAUUCUUUGGGAAAAAUCCAAUUGAAGUGAAUAAGCCAAUUACUGGGGUUGCUUCACCGCCGGAGAUUGCUCUGCCACCGGAAAAUUUGCCGGGAAUUUACGGUCCGCCGAGUCAUUUAUCUUCGCCGCCGGGGUUAGGGACAGAAGUGUCAUCGGCGGCGAAUAGGAAAAGAGGAGGAAUCUUUUUAUGGUGCAUAGGGUUCUUUUACCUACUACUGGUCAUUAAUUAAUUUCUGAAACUAUAAUAAUAUUUUUUUCGUGCCAUUAUUUUACCCCUUUUUACACGGCAUAUUGAAAUUGGAUGCUACCAGAAAGAAAGCUGCCAUUUUUCAACUGGGAAUUGGGAUUCAUGCGAAUAUGUUAGUGAUUUUUAGGUUAGGCAGUGCCAAAUUUUUGCUUUUUUUCCAUUUUGAUUUUUCUUGAAUAUCCAUUUCUGCUGUUGUAAUCUGUAAAGCUCCAAUUUUUUUCACUACAAUGAAUUGAUGAGUAUAUUUAUAAUUAAUUUAUGUA